AAAUUUCAAAAUCUCAAAAACUAAAAAGAGAGAAACCAGUGCCACUAACCACUCCCACUCCCACUCCCACGGCGGAGUUUUCACCGCAACAAAUUCUCCGGUGAUCCUCUCCACCUACAAUCCUUUAAUUCUCUGCAUGUUUUUUAUCAUCGUUUACCUUACCUUUCUCUCACAAUCGCUGUCGAUUCUUUGCAUCCAGAAUUACAAUCCGUAACGGACGGUUUAAGAAGAAACGUAGAUGGAGAAGAGUGAAACGACGCUGGAUUUAGCUGCUCGGAGAUUUGUGAGGCACUUGGAUUUCACUGCCGUAUGUGGAGGUCCGGCGUACUUGACAUUAUCGCCACCGACGCAACAGUCGCAAACUAUUCUACAGUCGCCGACGCAGUCGCGUUCUCCGGCGCAAUUGACAUUGGAUUUUCAGUCAUCGAGUCAACGGCCGUGGUUACCUUCACAGCCACGGUGGCAACAGCAGAGAACGUCACAGUCUCAGCCGGUAAUGCCACAGUUAGUUUCUCCGGUCCGUCGUUUACAGCACCCCUCACAGAAGCUUCCGGUGAAGAGAAAGCACGAGUCUCCUAGAUCACAGCCUCAACAUAAUGCAGGAUUAAAGGAUAAUACUCCAAAGAAACAAAAACAGUGUAACUGCAAAAAUUCUCGAUGCCUUAAAUUGUACUGUGAGUGCUUUGCAGCUGGGAUCUAUUGUGAUGGAUGCAACUGUCUGAAUUGUCAUAAUAAUGUGGACAAUGAGGCUGCUCGUCAGGAAGCAGUUGGAAUAACUCUGGAAAGAAAUCCAAAUGCUUUCAGACCAAAAAUUGCAAGCAGUCCACAAAAACCAGAAGUUUCUAUGGAGGAAGUGUCUGAAAUUCAAGUAACAGGAAAGCACAAUAAAGGAUGUAACUGCAAGAAAUCAGGUUGCCUUAAGAAGUAUUGUGAGUGUUUCCAAGCCAAUAUCCUCUGCUCUGAAAAUUGUAAAUGCAUGGACUGCAAGAAUUUUGAAGGAUGUGACGAACGAAGAGCAGUUUUCCAAGAAGAGUGUAAACUAGUACAAAUCAGACAGACAACUAACGCGGCCAUUAGUGGAGCAGUUGGACCCUUCAGCCCUAGAACCCACAUAACACCCAAGAAGAGAAAAAUCCCAGAAAUACUUUCUGGCAAAUCCUUUAUAGAUCAAACCGUUAACAUGACUGCUCAAUGCCAACAGGGUCACCAUUCAAAUUCAGUGUGUUUGGAUUUGAAAGCAUGUGAAACUAAUAAGGAACUCGAUCCUACGGCUUCAUCUCUUUUAUCCCUGUCAGCUUCCUGUGUUUCUAACACUGCCAAUACAAUAAUUCCAGGAUCUUCAAGAUCUACAUACAGGUCUGUGUUGGCUGAUGUCCUCCAGACACAGAAUGUGAAGAAUCUUUGUUCACUUUUAGUUGUUCUCUCUGGAGAAGCUACAAAGAAAAAUGCAGAAAUGAGAGGGAAAGAAGUUAGAAAAGUAGAGACCAGGAAAUCUGAAGCUUCGACUAUUUCAUCAGCUCAAUCGUUGCAAGACAGUCGAAAAGUUGUCAAGACUGAUUGUGAGAAUCAUGCAAAUAAAGAUGUAACAGAUGCAGUUGAUAUUGACGUUCGUAAUAGGCCAUUGUCACCGGAAACACUUGAAUUGAUGUGUGAUGAACAAGAUGUGAUGUUUUUCGAUACUGGUUCUGCAAAUGGAGUUGCAAUUGAAAACACUAAACAUAACAUGAUUCAGAAGUCUUCCAAUUCUGAUGGAUGCACAGAUACUUAUGCAGAGCAGGAAAGGCUUAUCUUGACCAAGUUCAGAGAUGUUCUUGGUGGACUCAUUACUCUUGGUAGCAUAAAAGGCCAGAUUCCAGAAGCAGAAAGUGGGAUCAGAAAUAAAUGACUCUGUUCUCUCUUCAUUGGGGGCAACGGUGAUGGUGAUGGUAAUAGCGGUGCUGAAACUAAGGGAACUCUUGGCAACUGCACUGCCAAUUGCUCCAUCCCAGCAGUUACUGAAAUAUAUCAGGCCACAUGUGCAAAAACUAAUAGACACUAUACUAAUGAUCUUUCAUUGAGGUUCCCCGCCGAUUGAAUUACCUUUUUUUUUUUGACAGGAUUGAGUUUGAGUAACGAAAGACUUUCUAAGUUUUUAGUGACAUGACUUGUAUAUUAAAGUGAAAAAAAUGUUUGUUUUGUAGUGCGCCUGUAAUUGCUGUCUCUCAUGUGCAUAGAUAGAUAUUUGUUCCAUUCCCUUUAAAAUAGUUUGUCUAGAAUAAUUAUCAACCACAUGUAAUUGGAACUUCUUUCUUGACAUGGACAAGAACUUUUGUUCACCUCCAAGUAUAUUGAUAGUUCAUCUCCAAGUAUAUUGAUAAUUC